UUCUCACUCGCUAAAAAACGUAAACAAAACAAACUCUUAUCAAAAACACCCUCGCGAUUGUGCAGAUUGCAUCAGAAGCAGCAACACAAAUAAGCGUGAUUCCUUCCGCUGUGCGGUUCAGCUAUCUCGAUGGGAACGACCACAGACGUUAUUAAAGUGCAGCGGGCCGUGCACGAUCCCAAAAACCCGUUAGUGUAUCUGGAUGUAAAGGUUGGCGAGGAGAGCGUCGGUCGAAUCGUGAUUGAGCUGCGGGCGGAUGUAGUGCCACGGACGGCGGAAAACUUUCGCGCCCUGUGCACGGGAGAGCGCGGCAUUGCGCCCGACACCGGCACGCGACUGCACUACAAGGGCAGUCCGUUUCAUCGGGUGAAAUCGUUGUUCAUGUCGCAGGGUGGUGAUAUCGUGCACUUCAACGGCACUGGCGGUGAAAGCAUCUACGGUAAAACGUUUGAGGAUGAGAACUUUACACUGCUGCACGAAGAUGGAGCAGUAUCGAUGGCAAACUUGGGCAAAGCGCACACCAACAAUUCCCAGUUCUUCAUAACGUCGGGCGAGUGUCCCCACCUGAACGGGACGAACGUGGUGGUUGGGUACGUGAUACGCGGUGGUGGCAUUGUCGGUGAGAUGGAGCGACACUCGAACGAUGACGGUGACCCACUCGUACCGAUCGUGAUCGAGGACUGUGGCCAGAUAGCUCCCGGUGACGAUUGGCGCGUUAGCGAUGACGACGAUGAGGUUGACCGCUUGCCACCGUUUCCGGAAGAUUGGGACAGAUUCUACGACGAGUUUACCGUGGACGAGAUGCUGCACUACUUGAACGCCAUUCGCUCCGUUGGCAACCGGUACUUUAAGGCGGAUCAGUUCGUGCGGUCCAAUCGGCGGUACAAGAAGGCGGAACGGUACUACAACUUUUUCACCAACCAGCUGAACAAACUGUCCCCGCGUCGGGACGGAACACGCACACUGUUGGCCGACUUUCAGCUGCUCAACUGUCUCAAUCAAGCGGCGGUACGUUUGCGGCUGAAAGACUACCCGAGCGUGGUGGGCGCCUGCAAUGCGGCCCUUGCGAUCGAUCCGGACAACACGAAGGCGCUGUACCGGCGUGGCAUUGCGCAGAACGAGCAGCGCAACUACGAGCAGGCGCUGGAAGAUCUGGGCCGAGCGCUGAAGCGGAUACCGGACGAUCGGUUAAUCCAGCACGAGUACGAGCGAUCGCGCAAGAAUCUGCAGCAGUACACGCAGCAGCAGCGGAAAGCGUACGCCAAAAUGUUCCAAUAAGAAUGGGUUCGUACCAUUUGUCCGUUUGUCGAUCUUUGCUAAACCUUUUGGAUACAUGUUUCAAUGUAUGUGGUGGUGUUCGUUAUGUGUAAGGCUUUCGGAAACGCUUGUUAUCCAACCGCAGAUGAUUGUUGUUAAUAAAUGUUAAGCAAACGUA